CUGUGAAUCCUCUCUCCCGAUUUAUUCACGUAUAUACUUUCGCCAGCUUCAAGAUGUCGCUCGGCCCGCCAGUUGAAGGCCUGACUGCAGAGCAGCAGGAGAAUUUCGAGGAUAUCGAAAAACAGUUCGCCGUCAAGGUUGUGCAGCACAUGGAAACGUACUGGAACAUCCUCGAGAAAGUACCCGGCUCCAAGCUCCGCCUCACCAAACUCGACGACGAAAUCCACGAGCACUUCAAGAAGGAGUUUCCUGAGUUUGACCCGAAAGCCACGAUAAAUGAGGACGAGAUGAAGAGCAAGGAGGGCAAGGAGCGAUGGCGCAAGUUCAUAGGCGAGUACGAGAAGAAAGUGGAGGACUACAACUUCGGGGCGAUGCUCAGAGCGAGCCCAGACAUCGAAUACAGCGAGACGGGAACUAUCUUCGCAGUGCGCAUGCAGUUCUACGCCGUCGAAAUCGUUCGCAAUCGCGAGGGCUUGAACGACUGGAUAUACGAAAAGGCACAAUCUGAAAAGAAAUAGCCGUUGGUGUUGUCCUAACGAAGAUUCGAGACUGCGGCUGGCUGUGCAGGUGUAAGGAUCCUAUCUGCGCAAUAUGCAUUUGGUUGCCUACGAAGAUCUAUACGAGUCGUCUUGUCCAUCCCCAAGGUUGCCACGCGGUGGCAUCAAUCCGAGCGGACAGCAG